GUCGGCGUUGGUCUGACCUGUGAGGGGAAUUCCAGCGAGAGGCUCCGCGGAGGACGGAGCGGCGGCGGCGGCGAGCGAGCGAGCGAGCGAGCGGCGGACGGACGGACGGACGGACAGACGAGCGAGCGGCGCCAGGCCGAGCCCACGAGCACCGCUGCAGCCGAGCCCUGCCGCCAUGGCCUCGGGAGCCGACUCCAAAGCUGAUGACUUGUCAACUGCAAUUCUCAAGCAGAAGAACCGGCCCAAUCGGCUAAUUGUUGACGAAGCUAUCAAUGAGGACAACAGCGUUGUGUCACUGUCCCAGGCCAAAAUGGACGAGUUGCAGCUGUUCAGGGGAGACACAGUCUUGCUGAAAGGGAAGAAGAGGAGAGAGGCAGUUUGCAUUGUCCUGUCUGAUGACACCUGUUCUGAUGAGAAAAUCCGCAUGAACAGGGUUGUUCGCAACAACCUGAGGGUGCGCCUUGGAGACGUGAUCAGCAUCCAGCCUUGUCCAGAUGUGAAGUACGGCAAGCGCAUCCAUGUGUUGCCCAUUGAUGACACCGUGGAGGGGAUCACCGGGAACCUCUUUGAGGUCUACCUCAAGCCAUACUUCCUGGAAGCCUACAGACCGAUCCGAAAAGGGGACAUCUUCCUGGUGCGUGGAGGGAUGCGUGCGGUAGAGUUCAAGGUGGUGGAGACGGACCCGAGUCCCUACUGCAUUGUCGCGCCGGACACCGUGAUUCACUGUGAGGGAGAGCCGAUCAAGCGAGAGGAUGAAGAGGAAUCCCUGAACGAAGUGGGCUAUGAUGACAUUGGAGGCUGCCGAAAACAGCUGGCUCAGAUCAAGGAAAUGGUGGAACUCCCCCUCAGACACCCCGCUCUCUUCAAGGCGAUUGGUGUGAAGCCUCCCCGUGGGAUCCUGCUGUAUGGGCCGCCUGGCACUGGGAAGACCCUGAUUGCCCGAGCCGUGGCGAAUGAGACGGGAGCCUUCUUCUUCCUGAUCAAUGGUCCUGAAAUAAUGAGCAAAUUGGCAGGCGAGUCAGAGAGUAAUCUGCGGAAGGCCUUUGAGGAGGCUGAAAAGAACGCUCCUGCCAUCAUCUUCAUCGAUGAGCUAGAUGCCAUUGCUCCAAAAAGGGAGAAGACACAUGGCGAGGUGGAGCGGCGCAUCGUGUCGCAGCUGCUGACGCUCAUGGAUGGCCUGAAGCAGCGAGCGCACGUGAUUGUGAUGGCCGCGACCAACAGACCUAACAGCAUCGAUCCGGCACUCCGGCGAUUUGGUCGCUUUGACAGGGAGGUGGAUAUUGGCAUUCCGGAUGCUACUGGCCGCCUGGAGAUUUUGCAGAUCCACACGAAGAACAUGAAGCUGGCCGAUGAUGUCGAUCUAGAGCAGGUGGCCAAUGAGACCCACGGCCAUGUGGGGGCAGACCUGGCUGCGCUGUGCUCCGAGGCAGCCCUGCAGGCCAUCCGGAAGAAGAUGGACCUCAUUGACCUCGAGGACGAGACCAUUGAUGCCGAGGUCAUGAACUCGCUGGCCGUGACCAUGGACGAUUUCAGGUGGGCCCUGAGCCAGAGCAACCCGUCAGCCCUGCGUGAGACUGUGGUAGAGGUCCCCCAGGUGACCUGGCAAGACAUCGGGGGCUUGGAAGAUGUUAAGCGAGAACUCCAGGAGCUUGUACAGUACCCAGUAGAACAUCCUGACAAAUUCCUCAAGUUUGGCAUGACCCCCUCCAAAGGCGUGUUGUUCUAUGGACCUCCUGGUUGUGGGAAGACCCUGCUGGCCAAAGCCAUUGCCAAUGAAUGCCAGGCCAACUUCAUCUCCAUCAAGGGUCCAGAGCUGCUCACCAUGUGGUUUGGAGAGUCGGAGGCCAAUGUGCGCGAGAUCUUUGACAAGGCCCGCCAGGCAGCGCCCUGCGUGCUGUUCUUCGACGAGCUGGACUCCAUUGCGAAGGCUCGCGGUGGGAACAUCGGCGACGGGGGCGGCGCCGCAGACAGAGUCAUCAACCAGAUCCUCACCGAGAUGGACGGCAUGUCGACCAAGAAGAACGUCUUCAUCAUUGGCGCCACCAACCGGCCGGACAUCAUCGAUCCCGCUAUUCUGCGCCCCGGGCGCCUGGACCAGCUGAUCUACAUCCCGCUCCCCGAUGAGAAGUCUCGCGUGGCCAUCCUCAAGGCCAACCUGCGGAAGUCGCCUGUCGCCAAGGAUGUGGACCUCGAGUUCCUGGCCAAAAUGACCAACGGCUUCUCGGGAGCCGACCUCACGGAGAUCUGCCAGCGGGCCUGCAAGCUGGCCAUUCGCGAGUCCAUUGAGAGCGAGAUCCGGCGGGAGCGGGAGCGGCAGACGAACCCUUCUGCCAUGGAAGUGGAGGAGGACGACCCGGUGCCUGAGAUCCGGCGCGAUCAUUUUGAGGAAGCCAUGCGCUUCGCCCGUCGCUCCGUCAGUGACAACGACAUCCGCAAAUACGAGAUGUUCGCGCAAACCUUGCAGCAAAGCCGAGGCUUCGGCAGCUUCAGAUUCCCGUCAGGUAACCAAGGCGGUGCCGGACCAAGCCAGGGCACAGGAGGCAGCGGGGGCGGAAAUGUUUACAGCGAAGACAACGACGACGAUCUGUAUGGUUAAAGGGCUGCCGGAGUGGACCAAAUUCCAGGGCAGGCCACGCUGUACACGGCAAUUCCAGCAGUUGUGGACUCCUGGCUUCCUCAUUCCUCGGUCAGACCCAUGUAGCUGCGUGUCGGGUUCUGUGCGCUGGAGUCUGCUGUAAAUGCAAGGCGGUUGGCUGGCUGGCUGGAUUGGCUGGGAGGCAGGUGGGCAGUUUGCGCGGAGGGGGACUGACUGCACUUCUGGGAAAUUUCUGUUCUAGUUUUAUGGCAGAAUCAGCAGCUUUAGCAACGGGUACAACAAUAGCCUGUAAAAACAAAAACAAUUUAAAAACCCCAAAAUAAAAAAAAUCCCAUAACUUCAA